CACAUCGCCAACAGUGGCCAUAUCCUCCCUAAUAGAUAGUACAUUUAAGCUGUAUAGCAUCAGUCUUUUCCACUGAUUAUCCACUUUCCCAUUGGAGUGCUCUACUCAAAUAGCUAACUAUGAGAAGAAUCUGAAGACAACAGCUUCUCCAUCUCAAAAGACUAAUCCAGAACAACCUAAAAGACUUUAUACUCUCAGCUAUCUGCUUCAAGAUGAUAAUAAGCAAAUAAAGAAUGACAAAGGAUAUCGGGUUGAAGCAGGGCAACAAAAACAAAUGAAACGUCCUGAGAAGCCCAGCAGCUGCCCAUCAUCUAAGAGAAGGCCAAGAGCCACUGUCACUCACAAAGUCCAUGACAAGAAGAUGAAAAAUAAUCCAACCCCACCUGAUGGCUUCUUGCCAAAUGCUGCUGCACCAGCAGUUACGAAUGUGGCAGGAAAUGGUAUUCCACUCAACCAACAGGAUUCGCUCUCUGAUGACUUCGCUAAAGACGGCCUGUCUCACAAACCUGGUAGUAAUUCACCUGGAGGAGGAGCCAAAAACAGCAGUGUCUCCGUAGGUGACCCAAAAGUCCCAGCGGUGCCUUCGACAGGAGUUGUGCCAAAGGAGGUGCCAAUGAGUGCUGCUCUGGCACAGAAAAUUAAUAGUGAUAUAAAACAUCAAUUAAUGAAGGAAGUUCGGAAGUUUGGACGAAGGUAUGAAAGGAUUUUCACCUUGUUUGAAGAAGUUCAAGGGCCUCUUGUAGUCAAGAAACAAUUUGUUGAAUUUACCGUCAAGGAAGCUGCAAGGUUUAAAAGAGCAGUCUUGAUUCAGCAGCUUGAGAAGGUACUAGAAAACCUGGAAUCCUGCUGCCAUCUCAAGAACGUUAAUCACAAGAAAAGCAGAGAAUUGUGUUCUUGCAAAGACCACUGAGAAGCAAAGGCGAAUUUCCUAUGUUGUAAGAUGGAGUAGGGUAGUGUUGAAGCUCCCCAAAAUGUUGUGGUCAAGAAAAUUCCCUUCUAGAGGCUAAGAUAAAAAGGGAUGGAGUCUUUUAAUUUUAUGGUUCUCCAUCAAUAAAAGCUGGGCUAAUGGCCCUAAGCAUUU